CCAGCUUGGAUCUUUUACAUCCAUCCAAAAGUGAGAUAAUUUGCCGGAUAACACGAAAUGACAUCCGUCAUAAGCAUUCAUCAAUGCUCAUGACAGGGUCAUGUCAUGAUUAUGAUUUUCUAUUGACAGUUUUAUGGUACCACUGUCAAAUAAAGUGUUACCAAAUACCAUAACUAGCAAUUAAUGACGCAACUGGAACAGUUUACAUCUGUAGUGCUGCGAUGCAUGCCAGGAGGCAUGUUGCACAACAACAGUGUUGACAGGAGGUGGCAGCAGAAGUUGACUGUCUCCCCCAAGGGAGCAGUGAUGGCCAAAUGAAGCUUCUUGAAGCAAUGAAGCUUUGGUGGUUCAUUUGGUCUUAAAGUGUUACCGGUUAACAUCUUUUGGUGUAAAUAUCCCAUAAUACAGUGAGGACAGUUGUGGCUUAUAGUCCAGUGCUGCUUAUCUAUGAACAAAUGACGUUUUCGUGCCAAAUUUGGUAGGUGGCGGCUUAUAGUCAGGUGCGCCUUGUAGUGCGUAAAUUACAGUAAUAGUAUAAAAUAUUGGACAAAAUACACAAUUAUAUGAAGGGAAAUGUCCUGGUAUUGUCAAAAAAAUAAAAACAUUACGGCAAAAUUAUUACCAAAUACAAAAUAAAAAUAUGCAACUGUAAGACCAAAAUGACACACAUAUUAACUGGAUUUUUUUUUAAGUGGCAGUGUUUAACAAAACAUUAUUGCUGUCUUUUUGUAUAUUAAUCGUAAUGCUAGCUACACUGUUUGAAGAAGUAAUACCAACUGUCUGAAAUUUCGUCAUAAAGUAUCAGCACAACCUGAACCGUUUCAUCCCUACUUGCAGUGAGCGAGGUGACUACUGUAGAUAGAGUAGGGAUGCAUUUGACAAACAUUCACUGGAAAACACAUGCAUGUCUAGGUUGAACAUGCUUAAAAAGAGCAUGUACGCAUGCAUGUUUACUGGGUGUAGAGAGGAGCUGCAUGUUACCACCUUGCAUGUUGUAUUUGAUAAGCUUUUUUAGUUUUUUGCAAAGAUGCAUCCUUCAAUGUGAAAAUGAUUUUUUUUUAAAUUAAGCUUUUAGGAUGAGCUUCCCCCCCAAAAAGAAUAUUACUUCAUUUUAACAUAUUUUAUCUCUAGAAAUUGCAUUUUUUUUUCCUCAUAUGGUAAAUGUAACUUAAUUCUUGUAAUAUUACUCAAAUUUUUUUUUUUCGAUUAAACGUAAUAGUCGAAUGAAUGUGUUUUCCGAGUGUUUGUUGUUGUCACCGUUGUGCUGUUAAAUGAGUCUCACGUGUAGGAUUUACUAGUGCGUCUUGGCUUAGCCGGCAGGUGAAGUUGCAGAGCAGACAUGGCGAGGAUUAGCAUGCCCGCACUGUAUCGUUCGGGCCGUAAGAGGCUUUUUUGCCUCUUCGCUCCCUGCUGCUCUGUGAUAGAGGGGGAAAUGGACCCCAUGGCCAGGCGGAAAACCGGGUCGAGCAGAGCCUGCUAUUAGCGGGCCGCGGGUCGGACUUUCCCUGAGGGUCACUAUGGGACCAAGUGGCCGAGUGGGCAGGCGGAGUUCUGUUGCCUCGCCUCUCUCUCAUCAAUCCAACGGCGCAGGACCCGCUUGCUCGUCGGCCGGAUACCGCAAGGCGGAUGAUGAGAUGUCCGGCACCACGUCGCAGGCGGAGCCCGUAGACUCCACGGCGCGCGCCGUGCUGCUCAACCGGCCCCAGACCACAAAGUUCUGCGACAACCACGUCAGUACCACCAAGUAUGGAGUGCUCUCUUUUCUUCCCCGCUUUAUGUACGAGCAGAUCAGGAGGGCAGCCAACGCCUUCUUCCUUUUCAUCACACUCAUGCAGCAAAUCCCCGAUGUAUCGCCGACCGGCCGCUACACCACGCUGGUGCCACUCAUCUUCAUCCUCACUGUGGCCGGCAUCAAGGAGAUCAUCGAGGACUACAAAAGACAUAAAGCGGACAACACGGUCAACAAGAAGAAGACCACAGUGUUGCGUAACGGAGCCUGGCAGACCAUCAUCUGGAAGCAGGUGGCAGUAGGAGACAUAGUGAAGGUGACCAAUGGCCAGCAUCUACCGGCGGACAUGGUUAUUGUGUCGUCCAGUGAACCUCAGGCAAUGUGCUACACAGAGACCUCCAACCUUGACGGGGAAACUAACCUGAAGAUACGGCAGGGUCUGUCGCUGACGGCGGGCAUCCAGACGUUGGAAGACCUAAUGUCCUUAUCUGGCGUUUUGGAGUGCGAAGGCCCCAACAGACAUUUGUACGACUUCACCGGCACACUUCGACUGGAAAAUCAAAAAGCUGCUCCUCUAGGCCCAGACCAGGUCCUGCUACGCGGCGCCCAGAUCCGGAACACUCAAUGGGUCGUGGGGAUCGUCGUCUACACGGGUCAUGACUCUAAACUCAUGCAGAACUCCACCAAGGCGCCUCUAAAGCGCUCCAACGUCGAGCGGGUGACCAACAUGCAGAUCCUGGUGCUGUUCGGUAUCCUUCUGGUCAUGGCCUUGGUCAGCUCCGUGGGAGCCGCCAUUUGGAAUCGGCAGUACACCGAAGAGGCUUGUUGGUACUUGUCACGACAAGGCGACAUCUCCACUAACUUUGCAUACAAUCUGCUGACGUUUAUUAUCCUGUACAACAACUUGAUCCCCAUCAGCCUGCUGGUCACCCUGGAGGUGGUCAAGUUUACACAGGCCCUCUUCAUCAAUUGGGAUGUGGAGAUGUACUACGCCGAAACGGACACGCCUGCGAUGGCUCGAACAUCUAACCUGAACGAGGAGCUGGGCCAGGUGAAAUAUCUGUUUUCGGACAAAACUGGAACGCUCACCUGUAACGUCAUGCAUUUUAAGAAGUGCACCAUAGCAGGGAUCACUUACGGCCACUUCCCCGAUCUCGACUGCGAUCGUUCCAUGGAGGACUUCAGCAAUCUGCCAUCCAGCAGCAACAACUCAACAGAAUUCGACGAUCCGACACUCAUCCAGAAUAUCGAAAAAGACCACCCGACGUCCCCUCAGAUCCGCGAAUUCUUGACCAUGAUGGCCGUGUGCCACACGGUGGUCCCCGAGCGCGACAACGACCAAAUCAUUUAUCAAGCUUCUUCGCCAGACGAGGGCGCUCUGGUCAAGGGAGCCAAAGGUCUCGGCUUCGUUUUCACUGCUCGGACACCAGAUUCUGUGAUCAUUGAGGCCAGAGGGAAGGAGAUGAGUUACCAGCUGCUUAAUGUGUUGGAGUUCUCAAGUAACCGCAAGCGAAUGUCCGCGGUUGUGAGGACGCCCAACGGGAGGCUGAGGCUGUAUUGCAAAGGAGCGGAUAAUGUGAUAUUUGAACGUCUGACUGAGGACUCCCAAUACAAAGAAUUAACCAUCGCUCACCUUGAGCAGUUUGCUACAGAAGGUUUGAGGACUCUGUGUUUCGCCUACGUGGACCUGCAGGAGGACGCCUACCAGGAGUGGCUGAAGGAAUACAACCGGGUUAGCACCGUGCUUAAGGACAGAGCGCAGAAACUGGAGGAGUGCUAUGAACUUCUGGAAAAGAACCUGUUGCUACUUGGCGCAACAGCCAUAGAGGACCGCCUCCAGGCAGGCGUCCCCGAAACCAUCGCCACACUGAUGCGGGCCAACAUCAAGAUCUGGGUCUUGACCGGAGACAAGCAGGAGACGGCCAUCAACAUCGGCUACUCGUGCCGACUGGUGACGCACGGCAUGUCCCUCAUCAUCGUCAACGAGGACUCCCUGGAUGCGACCCGCGCCACGCUGACCGCCCACUGCUCCAGUUUGGGCGACUCGUUGCGGAAGGAGAACGAGCUUGCGCUGAUUAUCGACGGCCAGACCCUCAAGUACGCGCUAUCCUUCGAGCUGCGGCAGGCCUUCUUGGACUUGGCCUUGUCUUGCAAGGCGGUCAUCUGUUGCCGAGUGUCGCCGCUGCAGAAGUCCGAGAUUGUGGACAUGGUGAAGAAGCACGUGAAGGCUAUCACGCUGGCCAUCGGUGACGGCGCCAACGACGUCGGCAUGAUACAGACGGCGCACGUCGGCGUGGGCAUCAGUGGUAACGAGGGCAUGCAGGCCACCAACUCCUCUGACUACUCAAUUGCACAGUUCUCGUACCUGGAGAAGCUGCUGCUGGUCCACGGCGCGUGGAGCUACAACCGCGUCACCAAGUGCAUCCUCUACUGCUUUUACAAGAACGUGGUGCUCUACAUCAUCGAGUUGUGGUUCGCCUUCGUCAAUGGCUUCUCGGGUCAGAUCCUGUUCGAGCGCUGGUGCAUCGGCCUCUAUAACGUGAUAUUCACGGCCCUUCCUCCGUUCACUUUGGGCAUUUUUGACCGGCCGUGCAGCCAACAGAACAUGCUCCGCUUCCCUCAACUCUACCGGAUCACCCAGAAUGCCGAAGGUUUCAACACUAAGGUGUUUUGGGGUCACUGCAUCAACGCACUGAUUCACUCCAUAAUUCUCUUUUGGUUUCCUCUCAAGAUGUUAGAGCAUGACUCGCCCUUCAAAAACGGUCAAGGGAAUGACUACCUUUUCGUCGGAAACAUGGUCUACACCUACGUCGUGGUCACUGUGUGUCUGAAAGCUGGAAUGGAGACCACUGCUUGGACCAGGUUCUCCCACCUGGCCGUCUGGGGAAGCAUGCUGAUGUGGCUGGUCUUCUUCGGGAUCUACUCAGCCAUUUGGCCCACCUUCCCCAUGGCCCCUGACAUGCUGGGUCAGGCCGGAAACGUGAUGCAGUGCUGGUACUUCUGGCUCGGUCUCCUCUUGGUUCCCGCCGUCUGUUUACUCAAGGACUUUGUUUGGGCUGCGACGCGCCGCACGGUGAGGAAGACAUUGCUGGAGGAGGUUCAAGAACUGGAGGCGCGCGCUGUUGACCCUGGAGCGGCGGUUCUGAGGGAUGCCAGUGGACGAAGUCUAAACGAACGUGCCCAUCUGCUGACAAGAGUCUUUAGGAAGACGCCCUCCAGCAUCGGACGCUCCAACUCGCUGCAGCAGCCCGUGACGCACGGCUACGCCUUCUCCCAGGAGGAGCACGGCGUGGUGUCCCAAUCGCAGGUGGUGCGCUCGUACGACACCACCCGCCAGCGGCCUAGUAUCUAACCCCGCCUGCCCCCCAAACCCCACAAAACGUCGCCGUUUCAUCGGGACGACGCACGUACGGAUUAUACGGGACCUAAAAACAUAAGCUGCGAUCAUACAAGCGAGCAACUCACAAAGUCAGAGACUGUUCAAGAAGCCUGAUUGGUGCGUUCCAAUGUAUUCGCCUGUGCAUGUAUGUGCGUGUGCUUGUGUGUGUGCGUGCCCCCCCCCCUCACUUUGACCCCCUCCCCUCGCGAUUCAGUCAUCACAUGCCGACAUCAGAAGGGAACGGAGAGGGGGGGCGUCCAAAUAAACACGCACGGAUGAAUUCCAUUCUGAGCGCUGCCAAACACUGCGGGGGGACACGACUGAGGCGGAACGCUGGCUCGGACCCCCACCCGCUCGCUCGACUACUGGAGCAUCCAUCUUCCUUAUCGCCUCACUUCCUAUCUUUCACAUCUUCACUACUGGACUUUUUUUUUUUUUUUUUUUUUUUUUGUAUUCAUAUAUCACCUCGCCUUGGGUCAGUGCAGUCAAAUGUCUGUGUUCUAGUACGGACAAAGUUUCCCUCCAAAAUAUUUUCACGGACAUUUGCGAAACGUCCGCUUGUCGAGGUUUUUUUUUUUUUCGUUUGUUUUGUUUGUUUUUGUGAAUGCAGAGUCUUGUUGCGUGGACGGCGCUCUGCUUCUGGAAUGCGAGAAUGACGGCUUGUAGAGAGGGGAGGGAUUGUCCCGUCCGAGUCCUAAUCAUUAAAUCGAAUCAGUCCAAAAAAAAAAAAAAAAAAGGCUGCCUCCUCAUGUCUGCUGCUGACUGAAAGACUUGAGUCGCGCCAAAGAAGUCACGCGCUUAGACAAUCGGAGUUUUGUGCGUUCUCGUGGCAACACAGAUUUGAUUAUUAUUUGGCACUAAUGGAAAUUGAGGAACCAAAUUAAUGUGUGUGUUUUUUGCACAAACGGCUCAGACUAGGAAAAAAAUGUUACCUGGAAGAUAUUUCAGUCUUAAAAAUUCUAAACAAAAAGAUGACUACAGUGGUACCUCUACAUACGAAUUUAAUUAGUUCCCGGACCUGAUUUGUAAGUUGAAGUGGUCAUAUGUCUAGUGGGAUUUUCCCAUAUGAAUACAUUAUAAUUCGAUUAAAUUCCACAGCCCAAAAACCCUAAAAAUGCUAUAUCCUUCAUAAUUACUACAAGUAUGACUACCCAAAUAUCAUUUAUACAUAGCAAAAGAAAUACAUUUUAAAUACAAAUCGGAAUAAUAAUGCAAUUAUAACAGAUGUAAUUUAGUGUCAUCCGGCAAAUUAUCUCACUUUUGAAUGGAUGUAAUAAAAGAUCUGAGCUGGACAUAAAUGGAGUUGGUGACAAAAUUUGCCCGGUGAUACUUAAUGACAUCUGUCAUAAGCAUUCAUUAAUGCCCAUGACAGUGUCAUAUCAUAAUUAUGACGAUCUUAUGACAGUGUUAUGACACCGCUGUCAAAAAAAGUAUUACCUAUUAACCCAAAUAAAGCAACAAAUAAGCCGCACUGUACUGUAAGUCGCAGGAUUCAUAAUGAGGGGGAAAAAGCGGUUUAUCGUCCAAAAAUUACGGUAUUAAUUUACAGUAAUUUUGGACUAUAAGGCGCACCUGACCAAAAGCCGCAACCCACAAAAUUAGACGCGAAAGCGGCAUUUGUUCAUAGACAAGCCACACUGGACUAUAAGCCACAGCUGUCCUCACUGUAUUAUGGGAUAUUUACACCGAAAUUUAUUAACAGGUAACACUAUAUUUGAAAGCGGCAUCAUAAGACUGUCAUUAGACCAAAUGAGCCAAUUGGCUGCAAAGCUUCAUUGCUUCAAGAAGCUUCAUUUGGCCAUGACUGCUCCCUUGGGGGAGACAUUCAACUUCAGUUGCCAUCUGAUAUCAACACUGUUAUCGUACAACAUGCCUCCUAGCAUGCAUAGCAGCGCUACAGAUGUAAAUAACAAUCAAAAUUCAUGUCCUGCGCUAACUAUUUUGAAGGCGGUUCCAUUUGUUUCAUUAAUUGCUAGUCAUGAUAUUUGGUAACAAUUUAUUUUACAGUAGCGCCAUAAGAGCAUGAAUUAAUGCUUAUGACAGACGUCAUUUUUUGUCAUCCGGCAAAUUAUCUCACUUUUAGAUUCAAAAGAUCCGAGCUGGACAUAACUGGAGUUAGUGACAUAAUUUGCCAUGUGACAGUUAAUGCAUGAUCGUGUCAUGUCAUAAUUAUAACUGUCUAAUGGAAGUCUAAUGAUGUUGCUCUCAAAUAAAGUGUUACCUAUUAAUCACAAAUAAAUCAAUAAAUAAGCCGCACUGGACUAUAAACCGCAGGAUUCAAAAUGAGGGGGAAAAAGUAGCGGCUUAUAGUCCAAAAAAAUAUGGGAAUAGAAAUAAUUCUCUGGUCGAACACUCCUCAAUUAUAACAUUUUCUGCAAGACAAUUUUAAAUAAUUGAAGUUCAAGUUAAAAACACGAAAUCGUUGACAUUUUUCCUCACCUCAAUUCGUUUUAUUUUCUUUAGAGCAGUUCUUGUUGUACCUCUUCUCCACUGCUUUCAAACGUGUGCAAAACCUUCCAAAUGAAGGCACCUUCCCUUCCCAAUCCCGAGCGGAGAUGCCUUUCCCACCCACCUUCCUGGACUUGCAGCUGCCGCAGUAUGGAGAAUCCAUCCACUCCCGGCCGGAGCUACUUACCGUGAGUACGUACCCUGCCAAAAAUCACACCUCCUACUUAUUUUAAUCCCCUCCCAAAGAGUGACAUUCAGUACGUGGCAUCAAAAGUGUUUUUAAGUUAUUGGUUGCCAUUGAUGGCAACAGAUGUAUGUGUGUCUUUUAAAGUACUGUAUCUAAAACGCUUUGUUGUAGUUAUUUUUAGGGGAGUGAAGUUUAGCAGGGGAUGUGCCAACUCUAUUAAAUGAAGAACGUGUCAUCAAAGGUUCUAAAAAAUGUCUAAAAAGCCUUUUUUAUUUUUAUCAAAUGCUAUGCAAAUUAAAAAGUGGUGCGCCAAUUCUGUUAAAUUUUUGGCAUCAAAUAAGCACUCCUGAGGAUGUCUAAAAGGUUUUUUUUUUUAAUUUUUUUGUGGUACGCCAUUUAGAAGGAGGUGUGCAAAUUCUAUCUGAAUGUCAAUUUAAGUACGCGGUGUCAAAAUUGUUAUCAGAACUUUUAUCAGAGUGUCUAAAAGGCUUUGUUCAUAUUUUUUCAGGGUGCGCAGUUUAGAAGGGGGUGCGUCAACUAUUAAGAAGAAUGUGGCAUCAAAAGUUUGAUAAAGCAUAGACUCCACCAUCAGUUGACAAGACAGCUCCUGCAGACAUUGUGCCACGCCUUCCCGUAGGGGGCCGACCCAGGCAGAACGUUGAAUUCGCUUUCACUUUGAUAAACUUAAACACGCUGCGUUCUAACGCCGGAUUUAGGUGGAAGUACAACGAAUGUUUUACUGCAUACAAACAGGCCGGAGUGUCUCAAGAUUCAAGGUAAUUAUUAUAUUAAAUAGCACCAUGCAUGCACGUUGAAACGUUGUGAAAAAAAGGAAUGGAUAAAAUUAAUGUAUCUUUGCCUUGAAAUAUUUACAUAAAAUGAAUGAUAACUGCCCGUUUGUGGUAUUUAACCAAGAAUCUACACUGUUUUACGUUCAUAUUUAUAAAAAAUCCAUGAUUUAAGCAUUUAUUCACAAGAAUUUUCAACUUAAAAAGCUAUUUGUUUCGUGACGGCCGCCACGUUGGAUUACACAAUACCGUUACUUUGCCUUGAAAAUAUAUGUAAAAUGAACGAUAACUGCCCGUUUUUUUUGCUUUUAACCAAGAAUCUAGCCUAUUUUAUG